CCUCAUGCUGUUUCUCCUUCUGCUCUUUUCUUGCCCUUGCUCUGCGCUUGUUUUACUCUCAACACCGGCCCCCUUCCGCGUCUGCCAGUGUCCACCACAGCACCUGACCAUGCAGCAUUGUUUCGUUUCCGCAAACACUUCCGUGCCCCGCCUACCAUUUCUUUCUGUUUCGACGGGGCUUCUAUUGUCCUCCACACCCUCCACACCUGUCAGCACCCCUCCAGCGCCGGCUUUGUCCCGUUCUGUGCUCACACACACGCGCCUUCCGUUCAGCACCGGCCGGUUGUGCUGGGAGUGCGCAUUCUAGUCCGCGCACCAUUUUUGUCCCAAACUGCUUCGUUUGCUCUGUUUUUGCUCUGCUUUUGCCCUACUUUUGAGUUGGCUAGCGUUGGCUGUACUUUAGGAUGAUUUCGCUCGGAUUCAGUUUCAUUUUGCUUUGCGAUUGUCUUGCUUUUUAGCAACAAUAACACCUCGAUAAAGUUGCGUUACAACGGCUCUCUUGGUUUCCUUAACUCUUUCCUUAUCCCAUAUUCUACGUUUGAGCUUGCUUUUCAAACUAUUUUCUCUUGGAUUGUCUAUGAAUUUCUAUACAGUUAGCAUUGCUUCUUUUUUUUUUUUCUUUUUCUUUUUUUUCUUUUUUUUC